AUGCAGGAGCUCGCUAAUUUCCAAGAGGAAGCUUGGUUUGACUCAGUGAGUAUUCUGGAGUCUGACUCGGAUGAUGACUUUAUCAGUAUACAUGGAGGUAUUGGCCAUCAGCCUCACCUUGAGCUUCCCAAAGUGAAAGCAAAUGGGAAAGUGUUCAUUGUAAACAUACAGUUACAGUUGCCUACUUAUCCUGCUGCAAUGUUUCUUGGUGAUAGUGAUGGAGAGGGGAUGAGUCUUGUAAUGUAUUUCAAAGUUUCUGAGAAUUUUGAUGAAGACAUCUCUCCUCUCCUCAAUUCCAGGACAGCAUCAAGAAAAUGGUUGACGAUGAGACAGAAAAGGUUGAAGGAUUCGCAUAGGACUCCACUGUACCUUUUAGAGAAAGACUAA